AUGGCUCUUGAUUACAUGAUUCAACUUGCUGACAAAAACCAAGACGAUAAGGUAAACCAGGAGAGACAAGAGCUGCUGCGUAGAGUAGCUGCAGGUGGUGGGGCUUUUGAAAGUAAGGACGGUAAUAAACUUCAUUUACCCGGAGGAAAUCUGAAUGACAUAGCUAAUCAAGCUGGUAAUUUGUUAGAGACUAUGGAAACAAGGCCAGUUGUUCCUGAUCGAAUACUACUAGCGAGGCUUGUUUCACGGAACAUGAUGGGAGGAGGUAUACUUGAUGAGAGAAACGACCGUGGUUUCUCCACUCUGCCUGAAUCAGAGGUAAAUUUCCUAACCAAAUUGGUAGCUCUCAAACCUGGAAAGAGUGUGCAGCAAAUGACCCAGAACGUCAUGCAAGGAAAAGAUGAAGGUGCAGAUGAUCUUAGCAAUAGAGAAGAUUCUUCAACCCAAGGAAGAAGACAAAGUGGAUUAAAUGGAAGGGGAAGCGUUACAGGAAGAAAGCCGUUACCAGUAAGACCAGGAAUGUUUCUAGAGACUGUCACAAAGGACCAAAAGACACUCCAAGUUCUUGAAGAAAUCGCGUAUUGA